ACAGAAAUAAAUGGAUUACUCAAUUUAUAUAGUAAAUUCAUAUUUUACAUUAUUAGACCAUCUCCAAUACUAUUCUAUUUUUUUCUAAACAUUUAUAUAUUAGUCUUUAUUAUAGAGUAAUUUUGUUAUAGAGGAAAAAUAUAGUUGUAUUGAAGAUUGUCUUAAAAUACAGGAUAAAACAUUUUUAACUAUUUUAAACCAAAGAAUAGAAUGAGUUGGAGAUGCUUUUACCAGAAUAAAAAGUACGAAAAAGAGAGUAGUGAAUAAGAAGGAGCUGUUUAAGUCAAAUGUUAGAGCAUUAAUAUCGGGGGGUCUUAACCUGGCUCUUAAGCUAAUUUGGGUUUAAAAAAAAAGGAAAAACACAUAAUUAAACUAGAACCGUGUCUUAAUUUGGCUAAAGAAGAGUCGGCUCCUAUUGACACGUGUAGGCGUUUGAGAGGAGAGAGGAGAGGUUUGUUUCUUCUUCGUUUCGUCUUUUCUCUCUCUCUCUCUCGAAAGCUCUUUCUCUCUGUGGCGAUGAAAUCGGCGAUUCUCUCUCUCUAUGUUGCUCGUCGACGAGAUCGCGAUGUCUGUCUCCAUGGCUCUCCUCCGUGAUUCUCACCCUCUUCGUGGCGACGAAAUCGGCGAUUAUCUUUCUCUCCGUUGCUCCUCGACGAGAUCGCGACGUCUGUCUCCAUGGCUCUCCUCCGUGAUUCUCACCCUCUCUGUGGGUCUCCUCGACGGACCUCUCCGUUGGGCUCACUCUCUCUCUCUCUCUCCAGAAGGCGCUCGCGUCUCCAUCCUCUCCUCAAUCCAAAGGAGAUGGACUUGUUCUAUGGAAAGAAACAUGAGGGAGGUUCAUCUUCAACGUCCAUCCGUGUAUACAGGUGAAGAAGACUGCUUGAUGAUGUGUAUAAGACAAGAGAGCUUCACAUGCCUUGUAAUGACCACGGGCCAUUCUUGUAGUCGUGUCUUGUGUAGUGUACUCUUUUGUAUCAGAACCUGUUGUAGUGUAGUGUCACGGGCCAUUCUUGUAGUCAUGCUUCUGUUGUAGUGUAGUUCCACGGGCCAUUCCUGUUGUAGUGUAAUGAUCACGGGCCAUUAUUGUAGUCAUGCCUCUGUUGUAGUGUAGUGUCACGGGAUGUUGUAGUGUCUUCUGCGGAUUUGUGUUAACUCUAUAUAAAGUUGCAUUCUCUCCAAGCAUAAGUAUCAAAACCUUCAUUCUCACAUUCCAUCUCACCGAACAAAACAAUCAAAAACAUUUUAUCACCUUCUCAUUCUCGCAUUGUUCUCUUAUUAUCACCUUCUCACCUUAUCACCUUCUCACCUUAUACCCUUUUUUGCCGUCUUACCAAACAAAACAAUCAACUACCUUUUCUUUCAUCUUCUCACCAAACAAAACAAUCAAAAACAAUUGAUCAAAAAUAAUCAAAACAAUGGCAUCCUCUUCUCAUAAUACUUUUGAAGGAUCAUUAGAUGACGCUUUUGAUGAACAUUUUGAUCAAUUUUUUGAUCAAUGUUUUGAUACAACGUUAGAGAAUUUGACCAUUGCUUAUGGUGAUGAAGAAGAAGCAAGGAAAAAAAGAAAAAAACGAGCUUAUAUCGAAAGAAAUCGAGAAGAAGGUCAUGUACGUUUAUGGAAUGAUUAUUUCAGUGAAACUCCAACGUAUCCUGAAAAUAUUUUCCGACGACGUUUUAGAAUGAAGAAGCCAUUGUUCAUGCACAUUGUUGAUAGACUCUCCAAUGAAGUUCAAUUUUUUCGCCAAAAAAAAGAUGCUCUUGGAAGGCUUGGUCUCUCUACACUCCAAAAGUGUACAGCAGCUAUUCGUGUCUUGGCAUAUGGUACUGCGGCUGAUACGGUCGAUGAAUACCUACGUCUCGGUGAAUCAACAACUCGUAAAUGUGUGGAACAUUUUGUGGAAGGAAUAAUAAAUUUAUUCGGCGAUGAGUACCUAAGAAGACCAACACCGGCUGUUCUUCAACGUCUACUUGAUAUUGGAGAGUAUCGUGGUUUUUCCGGGAUGAUAGGAAGCAUCGAUUGUAUGCAUUGGGAGUGGAAGAAUUGUCCCUCUGCUUGGAAAGGGCAAUAUUGUCGUGGUUCUGGAAAACCAACCAUCGUUUUAGAAGCGGUUGCUUCAUAUGAUCUCUGGAUAUGGCACGCGUUUUUUGGACCUCCAGGUACCUUAAACGAUAUUAAUGUUCUUGAUCGCUCACCUGUUUUUGAUGACAUAAUAAAGGGUCAUGCUCCGGAAGUCACUUACUAUGUCAAUGGAAGAGAGUAUCAUUUGACUUACUAU